AUGGUAAAAAACAAGAAACCAGGAAAAUCAUCGGAUGAUAAAUCAGCAAAUAAUCCAAAGGGAAAUCAGCAACAAUCUAUUGAUUUAUCGGAUCCUCUUGAUCAGAGCUAUAAUCAAAUUCAAGAAAAUGCGGAUAAAUUAUUGUUACAAUCACCAGUUUUUAAUUCGGUUGUUUUUAGAAAGUGGCAUCAACGAUAUUUGAAUGAGAAUAAUCCAGAUGCAUUGAAGGGAAUGAGGAUUUAUGUCAUGAAGGAUACAAUGUUGUCAUUACAGAGAGGGUUUUAUUAUAAUUCAAAGAAGGAGAAAGUUUCUAUUAGAAACUUGGAUAAAGAAAUUUAUGAGCAACAAUUGGCAAAGAAUAAGUUAUAUCAAUUUAAUGAAAUUGAGAAGAUUGUCUUCAAUUCCACCUCUACUAAUCAACAAUUUGCUACUACCAUUGAAGUAAUUAAGGAAGAUUGUGUUGAAACUAUUUUCAAAUUACACAAAAAUGGAAUGAAUCCAGUUGUGCUAAAUAUGGCAAGUAAGAAGAGAGCUGGUGGAGGUUUUGAAACUGGACAGAAAAGUCAAGAAGAAGCUCUCUUCAGAUCAACAAAUUACAUUUAUUCUCUAUUAGAUCCAAAUGAUAUUUUCAAAAAGUUUAAUCCAAAUUGUAAGAAACCUUCCCCUGAUCAACAAAUAGUUUCAGUUAUUGGCCCAGAUCAGUUCUAUCCACUUUCUGAUUAUGAUAUCAUUUACUCACCCAAUGUUCAAUUAUUAAGACACGGAGAAGGAAGUGCUUUCGAAUAUUUGGAUCAACCAUUGGAAAUUUCAAUCAUUGCAGCAAGUGCUUUCAUUAGACCAAAUACCUUUUUAGAUAAAAAGACAAAUCAACUCAUGAUGACGAGCAAGUUUGAGGAAGGAACAAGACAGAAAAUUAGAGGAAUUCUUUAUGCAGCUCUUAAUAAUGGACAUUUGAGUAUUGUGUUGAGUGCUUUUGGAUGUGGAGCAUACAAGAAUCCAGAAAAUCAUAUGGCUAAAUUGUUUUAUGAAGUAAUAACUCAGGAAUUUCCAAAUAGUUUUAAGAGUAUUGUGUUUGCUAUUUUGGAAGAUGGAAAAGAUCAAUCCAACUAUUUGGCAUUCAAAAGAGUUUUUGAAAAGUGCAAAGUUAUACAAGUAUCUACUGCCUCAUCCUCAAGUUCAGAAUAA